AAGAAGGCGAGCAGUUUGUACUGUUUGAUGUACGAGACCAGCACAGAGCAUACACAUGCCAUGACCAUCCGGCAUCCAGGGCCCACCCGAUCGAGAGCGAAAAAACUCAAGUCAGCUAGCUCGUGUUAUUCAAAGUUAGUUUAGUCGCCUCAUCGAAGUAAGCUCUUUCCCUCCGCCUGUGCCGGAGUCCAAAGCUUAAUUUUCGACACCAUUGCGUGGUGGAGAUACGGGCGUUUGGAUGGAAAUAUCGACUGAUCGGGUCAAAUUUGAUUCCUCUAAGAGCAUCACUUUUCAGCCACCACAAGAAGCCAUCCUUGUGCAAGUAAAUGCUCUGAGUUUGGACAGGCUUGCUACGAGGCAGACCAACAUCCAUGUGGCUGUGGUCUUGCUAGGACUUAGCUCAAGAAGUUCAACGACUGGCACAUUCGGUGACUUUCCAGCUUUUCACUGAAGACUGAUGACACUAACUUUAUUUGUCUGCACAAAGAUUUUUGCGGAGGUAGCCCACUUUUCUGGAACUAACUUGCUCCACGCUGUGAAAUUUGCGAGCGGCGGUUAUGAGCAGUGAAGAUGCCACACCAGCAGCUGCUGAUCGCACUGCAAGUGACGAUGUGCCGCGCUUGCGACAGCUGUCUAUCACCAUUUUCAAGGGAGUCUUGAAGGAAACUGGCACCAGCUGGUUUGGUGGUGGCAAGGCUGACUCCUACACCGAAGUGCGCGUGGAUGGCCAGCCAGGCAGAAAGACCGAUGUGAAAAAGAAAACUUGGACACCGGCCUGGGAUGAAAACUUCAAUGUGCUUGUCGAGACCAAGAGUACAGUGGAGUUACGUGUGUUCAACCACAGCGCAAUUCGUUCUCCCACCCUGCUGGGCACGGCCAGCCUGGACGUUGCGUCACUGCUGCGAGCACAUCAUGGAAAGUUGAUGAACCUGUCCAUGACGCUGCAGCUGAAGGGCGAGAAGGCUGGCUAUGCCGGUGACCUGGAGAUUAAGCUUGACGGCCUGGAGGUGGACGCCAAUCUGAUUCCAGCUGCGGCCACUCCAUCGGCUAGCUCAGCUGGUGGCAGUGGCUCCACCACUAGCGCUACUCAGGCACCACCACCACCGCCGCCAGCAGCAGGUGUGGUAGCUGCACCGGUCAGUGCUGCUGCCGGUGCAGCUGCCGCGGCUGCUUCUCAUCGCGCUGCCACAACUGCCCCAGUGGGACCACCAGUGGCUGGUGGCCCCAGAGCAGGCGCUGCCGCGACUAAUGGCGAAGCUCUGCCACCACUACCAGGAAACUGGGAAGAGCGUCGUGAUCCGCAGGGUAGAACAUACUUUGUGGAUCAUGCGUCCAGGACCACCACAUGGACCAGACCACUACCUUUGCCCACUGGUUGGGAGCAGCGUAUGGACACGCGCGGCCGUGUGUACUACGUGGAUCACAACACGCGCACCACCACGUGGCAGCGCCCCACGGUGGAGAGCGUCCGCUCGUUCCAGAACUGGCAGUCGCAGCAGUCUCAGAAUCGCCAGGCAGCCAUGGCUAACUUAAACCAGCGCUACAUGGUGGCGGUCGGCUCCAAUGCCGAUGGAACUGAUGCAGCUGCUCCCAGCGGCGACAGCACUGGUGCUGGUGGGGCCGGCGCAGCUGGUACUCCGACCGAUGCCCCACCGUCCAUCAACGCUGCUUCGGGAUCUGCUGCCCCUGGUGGUGUCAGCGCCGCAGCGGCCGGCAGUGCGGGUGCUCUUGUACCGGUCUCUGCUGCAGGUGGAGCUGGAGCACCACCACCGCCACCACCAGCAGGCGACGGUGCAGCGCAGGCUACCUUUACGCCAGCGUCAGUGGAAGACGAACCACUGCCUGAGGGAUGGG